AUGCGCAACGAUCCUUUCACGGGAGAUGGCAUCGGCGCCAUAGUCUGGGAGAAUGGCCCACAGGUGUGCGACGUCAAAGCCAACAAGGCCGGUCCAUCGAGCGACGACAGCUGGACAUGGACUUGUGAUAAUGGAGCCGGCGUCUACGUCACCGACAACGGGAGGGUCCUCGAGUACACUGGGGUAGACGGGUGGAAAGCGAACAUGGUCAAGACGGAAGGCGAUAAUUGGCGCGAGGAGUAUGGCACGUUGCCGGCGGGGGACACCGGGGCGACGGGUUCAAUCUCAAAGAGGCUGUUGCAUGAGAAUAGUAGUAAAAAGAGCAAAAUGGGUAAAAAGGGAAGCCGUGGAUUAUUAAGUGCUAAACACCACACUAGGUAUUAG